AUGGCCAAGGAUGCAUUCAAUGAUAUUGACCAGCUCCGUAGUACCAUAAACGGUAUUGUGGACCGGAUGAAACGAGUAAUCCAGCGUCAACAGCAGGGAUACAAUGAAAGUCAGACGGAGGUACUCGAGGGUCUCGCAGACCAGCUCCAGCAAAUCAUGAACUUCACCAGGUCUUCGCAUGAGCCCCUGCGCCAGGUAAUCCUGCCAAGCCCUGCGGACUCUAGCAAUGACCAGUAG